AUGUUUUUAAUCCUUUCUGAUGUUUGGCUCUUCUUUCUUUUUCCUUCUCCCUUGUAUUUCCAUUUCUCUUCUUACUUCUUCUUACAAUUUUCUUUCUCUAUUUUCUCUCCAUUUGCAAUCUCUUUCUCUUUCUUGUUUCUUCCUACAUAUUUCUUCUCUCUUUUCUCUAUAAUUACCUUCUCACUCCAAUUUCCUUUGCUCUUCUUUCUAUAUUUUUGUCUUUCUUCUCUUUCCAUUUACCUUCUCCCCAUUUUACUUCUCUCUUCUUCCUAUAUUUUCUUUUCCCUUCUCUCUUCAUUUCCAUCCUCUUUAUCUCUCUAUUUACCUUCCUUCUCUUUUCUUCCUACAUUUCCUUUCUCUCUUCUCUCUCAAUUUCUCUUCAUUCUCAUUUUCUUCCUCUCUAUUUCCUUUCUCUCUUUUCUCUCCAUUUACCUUCUCUCUUCUCUCUUCAUUUCCGUCCUCUUUAUCUCUCUAUUUACCUCCCUUUUCUUUUCUUCCUACAUUUUCUUUCUCUCUUCUAUCUCCAUUUAUCUUCUCUCUCCCUUUACCUUCUUUCUCAUUUUCUUCCUCUCUCUCUAUUUCUUUUCUCUCUUUUCUCUCCAUUUACCUUCCCUCUUCUCUCUCCAUUUUAUUCGUCUUUAUCUCUCUAUUUACCUUCCUUCUCUUUUCUUCCUACAUUUUCUUUCUCUCUUCUCUCUCUCUUUACCUUCUUUCUCAUUUUCUUCCACUCUCUAUUUCCUUUCUCUCUUUUCUUUCCAUUUACCUUCUCACUUCUCUCUCCAUUUCCCUCCUCUUUAUCUCUCUAUUUACCUUCUUUCUCUUUUCUUCCUACAUUUUCUUUCUCUCUUCUCUUUUCAUUUGCCUUCUUUCUCCAUUUAUUUUCAUUCUCAUUUUCUUCCACUCUCUAUUUCCUUUCCCUCUUUUCUCUCCAUUUACCUUCUCUCUCCAUUUCCCUCCUCUUUAUCUCUCUAUUUACCUUCCUACAUUUUCUUUCUCUCUUCUCUCUCCAUUUGUCUUCUUUCCCAUUUUCUUCCUCUCUUUAUUUCCUUUCUCUCUUUUCUCUCCAUUUCCCUUCUCUCUUUUUUCAAUAUUUUCCUUCUUUCUUACUCCAUAUCCUUUCUCUAUUCUUCCUAUAUUUUCCUUCACUCUUCUCUCUUCAUUUUCCCUCCUCUCUUCUUUCUCCAUUUCCCUCCUCUUUUCUCUUUUUUUUCCUUUUCUCUUCAUUUCUCUUCUUUCUUAUUUCUAUAUUUCCCUUCUCUCUCUAUCCAUUUCUUUACCCUCUUUUUUCUCUCCAGUUUCUCUCUUCAUAUCACUCUUCCUCUCAAUUUUGAUUUUUCUUUUUCUUUUUCUCCCAGCCCUCUUUCCCGCCUUUUUUUUUCUCUUUUAGUUUUCUUUUCAUCUCCCUAUUUAAUUUUAUAUUUUCUAAAUAGUUUCUCACUUUGA